AUGCGAAAGAAUGAGAAAACUUCUAUCAAAGCUAAUACGAAGACAACUUUUGUCGAAGCCAAUACGAAAGCAAUUCCUGAUGUGCCAUCAGAAAUUCAACAAUCAUCUCGUUACAACAAUCUACUGAAAGUAGUUGCACUUAUUCUCGGUCUAUUGAUGAUUGGAACACUCGCCGCAAUCAUUCCUGCUGUUGUUCUGUAUCAAAUUCAGCAAACUACGACAUCGACCAUAGUGACAGGAGUGACAUCAGCAAUCGGAUCAAAUAGUACAACAGUAUCAAGUAUAUCAAGCAGCAGUUCUUCUGCAAGUUCUACAACUAUUGCUAGUUCAAUCUCCACAGCUUGUCCAUUAAAUGUCUGUACUUAUUCGACCUGGUAUACAUUGACAUCAUCAGAAAUUGGUUAA